AUGCACAAAAACUGGUACGAAUACACACCGGAGGACAACGAAGCAUUUUACACUGAGGAAUUCAACCUCAUGGAAGUGCUGGGUGAAAAGCCUGAAGCGGUCCAUCCCUCUGAACCAGCAGAAGAGGAGAAAGGACUCUCUGAACCAGUUGUGAAACUGGUCAAAGGCUUUUUAACUGCUGGAGAGCUGGAGACAGGGAGCUUUCAGCAGUUGGACACCACUGGAAAGUCCAUGGGUGAAAUUGACCGACUCAGACUACAAGUGGUCAAUGAACGUCGGCUGAGGAGAAAGUCAGAGGACGAGAUGGGCAUGACCCUUGUGAAGCUGAAGCUGGACAUGGCGGCCAAAGCUUCACAGGCCAAAACUAGAGAGGCCAAUCUGCAGGAAGAGGUGGAACAGCUGAAGAGGAAAUGUCCUAAAGACAACACAAUUCAUGCUCUCCAAGUUGCGCAUGAAAUGAGCGUCCAAAAGCUUAAGAAAGAGCUCGAGGACGUGAAGUUGAAUUUGCUCAACAAAACAAAGCGGAUCAUCUGUGCACAUGAGAUCCAACUCAACCAAAAAGCCAAAGCAAAGCAGGACGUGGAGGCUGAACUGAGCCAAGUGAGAGAAAAGAACAGCUCACUGCUCAAUGAGUCUGGGGAACUGAAAGCACAGAUUCAGUCAAGGAACGUCGACAUAGAUAGUUUGAAAAGCCAGGUCACUGAACUAAAAGCCAUGACUGAGACAAUGAAAGACAACUCUCUGCGAAAACACAGAGAAUGGAAUCUUGAAAGACAGUUUCUCUGCCAACAAACAGAGGAAGCCAAGUCACAACUGCUAAAGGCAGAAACAGAAAGCAAACUGCUGCUUGAGACGAACGGUCAGCUGGAAGCUUCUUUAGGAAAUCUGAAAAAAGAACUGGAGGAGCUUUCAAAGGGAUGUGGCAAACUGGACGGGCGACUGCAAAAAGAGACUGAAGAGAAGAUCCUGAUGCGUCAAGAAAUCCAGGAUAAAGGCAUGGAGAUGGACGUGAUGAAAGACGUGAUCAACAAGUCCAGGGACCAGAAGAUCAAUCUGAAGCUGCAGGUUCAGGAGGUUCAGGGCCGACUCCGAACAGAAGAAGAGGCCAAUCGAUUCUUGAACGAGUCACUGAACGAACUGAAGGAGGAGCUGGAGCGAGAGAAGCUGGAGAAGGCCGCCAUUUUGAGAAACUGUGAGGAUCUCAAAGAGGGACAGAGCACAGUACAGCAAGAGUGUUCUCUGCUGGAGGCCAAGGUUAGUACUCUGUCCCAAAAACUAAACAAAACUGAAGAAGAGCGCUCCCUGCUGGAGGCUAAGUCCAGUGCCUUGGAACAAAAACUAAACAAAACGGAAGAAGAGCGCUACCUGCUGGAGGCCAAGUCCAUUGCAUUGACUCAAAACCUAAAGGAGACGGAAGAAGAGCGCACUCUGCUGGAGGCUAAGUCCAGUGCGUUGGAACAAAAACUGAUAAAAACAGAAGAGGACUGCUCUCUGCUGGAGGCCAAGUCCAGUGCGUUUGAACAAAAACUAAACAAAACGGAAGAAGAGCGCUCCCUGCUGGGGGCUAAGUCCAGUGCGUUGGAGAAAAAGCUGAUAAAAUCAGAAGAGAACUGCUCUCUGCUGGAGGCUAAGUCCACUGCAUUGACUCAAAAACUAAAGGAGACGGAAGAAGAGCGCUCCCUGCUGGAGGAGAGGUGGUUGGCUACGGAGCUGAAGCUGGAGAAGAAGCGUCAAAAGUGGUACAGGAAACUCCUGCGCUGCUAA